CUGGAGAAGAAAAAAACGCUGCUCGCUUGAGCCGCUUUAGCCCCUCGAGUUAUAAAAAUAAAAACACGUUAUUGUGUCUGGCUCUGAGGAUUUAAAACCCUGAGCUGUGUGAGGACAUGAAAACAGAGACAUCCAUGGAUGGAGAGACCUCAGAAGCCUGUGUGAAGAAAGAGGAGAUGCUGGAACUGAAUAUCUACAGCUAUGGAGACGAUCUCGACAACCCACCUGAAGGUCUCUCCGUUAAAGUGGAAGAUCCUGACGAUAAAGACUAUCUCUACUGUGAAGUUUGCAAAUCCUUCUUCCUCAACAAAUGCGAGGUUCAUGGACCACCCCUCUUCAUCCCCGAUACUCCUGUUCCCAUGGGAGUCCCUGACCGAGCCAGACAAACAAUUCCUCUUGGGCUAGAAAUCCAGAAGUCCAGUAUUCCUGAUGCCGGCCUGGGAGUGUUUAAUAAGGGGGAGACUGUUCCAGUAGGUGCACACUUCGGCCACUGCCAGGGAGAGCUGGUGAACCGAGAGGAAGCCAAGAACAGUGGAGACUCCUCAGUUGUAUACAGGAGCAUGCAGUGUGAAGAAUACAUCGAUGCCAAAAGAGAGACGCAUGUGAAUUGGAUGAGGUAUGUGAAUUGUGCCCGUAAUGAAGAAGAACAGAAUCUUGUGGCAUUUGAGUAUCAAGGGGGAAUUCUGUAUCGUUGCUGUCGAUCCAUUAACCCAGGACAGGAGCUCUUGGUGUGGUAUGAAGAGGAGUACACCAAAGAACUCAGUCCUGCACCUACAGGAACAACCAGACAGCAAGAACACCAGCGCAUUCACACAGGAGAGAAACUGUAUCAUUGCUCACAGUGUGGAAAGAGUUUUACUCGUCAGUAUGAUCUCCAACGACACCAGCGCAUUCACACAGGAGAGAAGCCGUAUCACUGCUCACAGUGUGGGAAGAGUUUUACUCAGCAGAGUGCUCUCCAACUACACCAGCGCAUUCACACAGGAGAGAAGCCGUAUCACUGCUCACAGUGUGGGAAGAGUUUUACUCAGCAGAGUAAUUUCCAAAUACACCAGCGCAUUCACACAGGAGAGAAGCCGUUUCACUGCUCACAGUGUGGGAAGAGUUUUACUCGUCAGAGUAAUCUCCAAAUACACCAGCGCAUUCACACAGGAGAGAAGCCGUAUCACUGCUCACAGUGUGGGAAGAGUUUUAUGACGCAGAGUCAUCUCCAACAACACCAGCGCAUUCACACAGGAGAGAAGCCGUAUCACUGCUCACAGUGUAGGAAGAGUUUUACUAGCCAGAGUUAUCUCCAAAUACACCAGCGCAUUCACACAGGAGAGAAGCCGUAUCACUGCUCACAGUAUGGGAAGAGUUUUACUCAUCAGAGUCAUCUCCAACAACACCAGCGCAUUCACACAGGAGAGAAGCCGUUUCACUGCUCACAGUGUGGGAAGAGUUUUACUCAUCGGAGUAAUCUCCAAGCACACCAGCGCAUUCACACAGGAGAGAAGCCGUAUCACUGCUCACAGUGUGGGAAGAGUUUUACUCGUCAGAGUACUCUCCAAAUUCACCAGCGCAUUCACACAGGAGAGAAGCCGUAUCACUGCUCACAGUGUGGGAAGAGUUUUACUCAGCAGAGUACUCUCCAAAUACACCAGCGCAUUCACACAGGAGAGAAGCCGUAUCACUGCUCACAGUGUGGGAAGAGUUUUACUCAUCAGAGUGCUCUCCAAAUACACCAGCGCAUUCACACAGGAGAGAAGCCGUAUCACUGCUCGCAGUGUGGAAAGAGUUUUACUCGUCAGUCUGAUCUCCAACGACACCAGCGCAUUCACGCAGGAGAGAAGCCAUAUCACUGCUCACAGUGUGGGAAGACUUUUACUCAGCAGAGUGCUCUCCAAACACACCAGCGCAUUCACACAGGAGAGAAGCCGUAUCACUGCUCACAGUGUGGGAAGAGUUUUACUCAUCAGAGUCAUCUCCAAAUACACCAGCGCAUUCACACAGGAGAGAAGCCGUAUCACUGCUCACAGUGUGGAAAGAGUUUUACUCGUCAGUAUGAUCUCCAACGACACCAGCGCAUUCACGCAGGAGAGAAGCCGUAUCACUGAUCACAGUGUGGGAAGAUGUUUGCUUGUUUAGUUACAUUUAAGACCUUCAAGUGCACUAACUCAGAGACAUUGCAUGAUUUAAAGUUGUCAAAUUAAAUAUGGUUAUUACAGUUUUGACUGAAAAUGACCUGUACUUUGAACUUUAUUUUUCAUGUUACACUGGUCAACAAUUUUUCAGAAGUUGUCUGCUUCAGAGAUGAAAUUGGCUAUUAUGAAAUUUGGUGUGUUGAAUUAGAAGUGACAGUUAAUCAGCUGAUUGGCUGUGGUUUCCAAGAUAUUUAAGAUUUUAAAUUUUAUACUUAUGUGCAUUGUGUAGAUCGUAAUGUUUUAAGUAUAAAUUGUAAAACUAGGUCUCUUCAUGUGUUUAUGGUCGGUUUACAUAAUAUUUCACCUGUUCUCUCUAUGUAACACUAGAAAAUCAGCAAAAAGUUUAUAUAAAUAAAAUGUAUUAUGAAUCAAAUUGCAAAAACCAAUCAUGUAUCAGUACUGAAUAUGUUUCGUCCUUAUUCUGUGUGUACGCAUUGGGUUUUUAUUUAUUUUUUGGCAGCUUGUCUCUUGUAUUCAUGAAACGGAGCAUCUCUUGUCAAGCAAAGACUUGAUCUCGAGUGCAGAGCACUGUAUGUUUUUUUUUUUUUUUUUUUUUUUUGAGCUGAUAUAAGACAGUUUGUUCAGCAGAGUGAUGUCAGUUGACUUAUGAAUGCAUCAGCAGUGACUUCUAAGAAUAACGUAAUGUCAUGUAUGAUGCAAUACCGGCUUCAGAUUGCAUCAUUCAUUUUUUUGCCAAAAAAGUAAGUACUAUCCAAACCCACUCAUAGAUUUAUUCAUAGAGCCAAUCUUGAAAACGAGCCAAUGAACAAUUUUAAGUUUCAUUUUUGUUCUCAGCGAUCCAGAAUUAAUAAAGUUUGACUAUAUUUCAGAAGCAUUUUGGCUGUAGACCUGUGUUCUAUGACUGUUUUAAAAGUGAUGUUUAAAAUGAGACUGUUAAUGUUUUCUUUUGCUCUUAAGUAGUGUAGGUACAGUCCGAUUUCUCUUUAAGAAACUACAUUUCCCAUCAGCCCACUUCUGCGUUGACCUGCGUCAUGCCGGGGCGGGAUCAUCUACAUCACUUCCUACAGGAAGUGAUAAGAGACCUGGAAACGCUCAGCUCGCUGUCUCUCGUGUCCGGAUUCCAAGCCAUCUGGACGCACAAAGAGAGACCCUCCACCAGCAAACCAGAUAAAGACAUCUUUUUUUCUUUCUUUCUUGCAAGAUCCACGAGUUAGCGCAAUUUCUUUGUUUACCACUGGCCACGGUAAAAAUCUAAGAUCGUGCGAUUUUAAACUCAGUGAGUUACAACCGGUUUUUCAUUCAUUCAUUAAGUACAUACGACUGCAGCCCAAAGCAGUUAAUUUAUAAUUAGGAGCGACCAGAAUUCCUCCUGAUUGAAGCGCUGUGCACAGUAUUUUAAUCAGAGACUUUCUUUUCAUCAUGAGCCACGACGCAUCAGAUCAAGAGAAGUUCUCUGUCCACGGAAUCGACUCACGUGCUCCACAAUGGCGAGACUCAGAAGUUUUAGAACAUCUCCAUAAUCUUGCAUAUAAGCAAGAUACUGGAAGUAAGACUGAAACAUUUUGGGUAUAAAGAUCAGUCUUAGGAAUUUAGCUUUUAUUGAAAUAGUGUGAAUUAAACCUAGGUUUAUUUGUUACACUGUUAAACAUGCAGCGUGUUGAUUUAUUUUGUUCUAUGUUCUCUCAGUUGUUUUAAUAGAUAGGCUGUGCAUGCUCCUCUCUAUCCCUGACUAACACUUUAAUUUCCUUAUCACACAUUUUGACCUUAUCAAGGUUUCAGUGAAUUUGGUAAUGUUAUAAAGCUAGUGGAUUAGCUGCCACGGCUAAUUCUAUCUUAUUAACAUCCAGAGAUAGCGGUAUUGUCCCCAAAAGACGUUUAGGCCUUACACACGGCCUCAAAAGCACGUCAGCUAGCUUUCCUUUGUCUAGUUAGCACACAAAGCUUACAUACACAAACCCAUGUUAGCUAGCAUUCCUUUGUCUUAGCCUAGCCACGUGGUCAACUCCUCCCCCACAUUCACACACCUUAGAUAGCAAUCCAUGCUAACUCUUUUGUUCUCCUCAAACCCCACGUGGUGACACACCCUUCUUAGCUUAGCCACAUGAGGCUAAUCUAGGGCCUUUCACACACACAGGCCACACACACAAGCACACAUUAGCAACACAUGCUAAUCCUUUUGUUCUACUUAGAUAGCAUUCCUUUGUCUACUUAGCAACACAAGGCUAAUCUAGGCCUACAGUGGCCUUUUACAAACACACGUGGAGUUAGCUACAAAGCUAAACCUCUUGUAAGCCACACCCACAUGUAUGUAUGUAUACACACACACACACACACACACACACACACCCCUCACUGUUUGUAUAUAUUUA